AUGGUUGAGGAUGAUGGUCCCGUGUGUGCUGACUCAGGCUCUGAGGAUGAUGCACAUUUUUUUGGACCAGUUCAUAGGUUCGGGUCCAUGGGAGCAUAUGAUGAUGCCCAAGAUGAAGGUUAUGAGGAAUCUGAUGGUGGAGACUCAUGGCACUCAGAAGAACUAAAGACUCUUCCAAAUUCUGAGGAUGAAUUGGAGGAGGUUGAUUCAGAUGAGGUUUUUCCUGUGUUCAGAGAUGGAGGUAGGUUUGGGGAGCUUAGGCUUGCUGUUGGAAUGACAUUUACUACAAAGAUGGAGUUCAAAGAGGCUGUGCGUGAAUAUUGUAUACAGGAGGAUCAGAGGAUUUGGUUUAAAAAGAAUGAUAAUGUAAGGAUGAGAGCAGCGUGUAAGGAUGAGAACUGUGGAUGGCUUGUCUAUGCUGCUAACAACACUGAGAACAAUUACUGGCAGAUCAAGAGGUUCAAUGAUGAUCACACUUGUGCAAGGGAAACCAAAAAUAGGUUGGCUAAUAGGAAGUGGCUGGCGGGGAAAUUGGUAAAGAAGCUACGAAAAUAUCCUAACUUAAGACACUGUGAGGUUGAUCAGUACUUUAAGACAAAAUGUGACUUGGAACUAAUCAAUUGUUCACUGACUAGGGCCUUAGGAGAUGCUAGGGCUGUUGUGUAUGGUGAUGCUGCUGCCCAGUAUGGGAAGGUAAGGGAUUAUGGGCUGACACUGCUUAGGAGUAUAAAAAAGAUUGAGAGGGUUAACAAGGAAGCUUGGGAGUAUUUGAACAAGUGGCCUAGAGACUCUUGGAGCCGGGCUUUCUUCAGCAACGCACCUAAAAUAGACAAUAUCUGCAAUAAUGCUUGUGAAGUCUUCAACUCAAGGAUCAAAGAAGCUAGAGCCAAACCUAUCAUUACACUGUUAGAGGAAGUCAGACUGUAUGCAAUGAGGUCAAUCGCUAGGAACAAAGUGAAGCUUAAUUCCAACACUGGUAUUCUACCACCUAUACAGCGCAUCAGAUUGGAAAAAAUAAGGAAGGAGUCAAAGAGUUAG